CUUACACAUUUGAUAUACCUCGCAUUGAAUCUUGUUUUGAAGGCUAUUCGAGCAUUAAGAGUUUGUCCGAAUCUGCUAAUCGAAUGUUAUGAAUCGCUAUUUGCGCACACCGAGGAGAUCAUUUACUACUACUACGCGCAAAAUGACGGUCAUUCACGUAGUGCUUUUCAAAUUCCUCCCCACCACCUCACCCCAGCAAAAAUCCACCUUCCUCCGUGAAGUAAAAUCUCUCGCCACCCUCCCCUGCGUCGAAGACCAGCGCCUGAUAGUCGGCGGCCCCAGUAUCAGUGAGCCCAAGGAAGUGAGUCAAGGUUUUGAAUUCGGGCUUGUGAGCUUUCAUCCGGAUCGCAAAGCGUUGGAGGAAUAUCAGGCAAGUGCUGAGCAUGGACGAGUUGCGGAUAAUUAUAUAAAACCGUUCAAGGAGAAUGUGAUUCGAUUUGACUUUGAGGUCCCUGAAGGGGAUGAGCAUCUUGUGGGCGUGUUGCCAAUGCUUGGAAAUGGGAAGAAAUGAUGCAACAUUCAUAGACAAUAAUUUUCAUUGCUUAGAUCUAGAAUAUAGAGCCAAAAGUGGUAUAUAUGU